AUGCUCAGGCCACUGCUUAAACUAAUUCGGCCUCUACUUGGGUGGAUAUUCGGAAUCACAAUUCUAUGGACCUCCGUGUUUGGCGCUUACAUUGUCUCCAUUUUCGUUUUCCUCAUUCUACUCGGCAAACACAAAACAUGGCGAUCUUUCAUGGAUCGUUCUGUCAGCUUCUGGAUGAUGGUUCCAAUACACCUUAUAUUACAGGGAUUCCUGGAGCUACUUUUUGGGAUGCGAGUACGAGUCUCCGGUGAUGAGAUUGAAUACGACGAACCUGCACUUAUCAUUAUGAAUCACAGAACAAGGUUAGACUGGAUGUAUAUGUGGUCGGCCUUAUAUCAAAUGAACCCUUGGCUCAUCACCUCUAACAAAAUCUCGUUGAAAGCACAGCUGCAAAGUCUUCCAGGAGCUGGAUUUGGUAUGUCGGCGGCUCAUUACCUAUUUCUACAGCGAAACAUGGAAAAGGAUGCUGUGACUUUCGAUUCCGCUAUAGAAUACUAUAGGGGUAUGGACAACAAUUACCAGCUUCUACUUUUCCCUGAAGGGACCGACAAAUCACCAUGGACAACGACGAAAAGUCAAGAAUACGCGAAAAAGCACGGACUCAAGCAGUUGAAACAUCUCUUAUAUCCUCGGGUGGCUGGCUUUCAUCACCUUUUAACGAAAAUGAGGGAAGGUUCGUCUGAGAAUAUCUUUUACCGGCUUCAUUCUCAAAGUUCAGCAAACCAUAGUAAUUCAAAAUCUGUACGCAUUUUGGAUCAAAGCCUUGUUUAAAA